UAAGGUAUACGAGAAAAUCAAAUCAACAAAAGGCAAGAGAGAGAGAGAUGGCAAUGAGGCAACGUUUUGGUGGAAUCUCUAGUACCCGUCCAAGACUAUCGUCUCGUUCAAUUUAUGAAGAUUUCAAGCCCCACUUUGAAUUGAAGGAAGAGCAGGAAGCUCACGUUAUACAUGUUCAUCUGCCUGGUUUUGUGAAGGAGCAAGUAAGGAUUACAUUUGCCGCUUCCCCUGGUGUGAUUAAGGUUGAUGGACAACGGCCUCUUGGCAAUAACAAAUGGAGCCGUUUCAACCAAACCUUCCCUAUUCAAGAAAAUUGCGACGUGAGUAAAAUUCAUGGCAAAUUCAGCAAUCAUAUUCUUACCAUUACAAUACCAAAGCUAGGCAUCACUCAAGUUGGCCCUAAAGAAGUAGCCAAACCAAGCCAACAAGCACCACCGACCCCUUCAAAAACUCCAACUGCAGGCCCUCAGGAAGCUGCUGCUGAGCCAAAGGCACAAAAAUCUACUUUUAGUGCCAGAGAUGAAAAAGAAAGGGAUGACAAGAAUGGGGGUCAUCCAUUAGGCCUUCCGAAAAUCGCUGCUGAGACAGAAGUACACAAGGAUAAGGAUGAGGCCCUUCCAAAAGCAAAUCCAGCAAUCCAGAAUGAGAAACAAAGGGAUGAGAAGAGGGUGAUACCUUUGACUAGUCCUGAAAGAGGCAUAAGCGAAUCUAAGUCUCAAAAGGGUAAGGAUGAAAUUCCUCCAAAAAGAAUUGACGAAAAGAGGGUGGAGUUCACUGCUGAGCAUGUUGAUCGAAGGGAUCAGAGUGAAGCAAAAGGGAAGCCAACAGAACCAAAGAAUGCUGAGAGAGUUGCUGAAACCAGUCUGCAGAAGGAAAGAGAGGCCAAUGAGAGAAGCAAAGAAGCAGGGGCUGUCCCAAAGAUUUUAGAAAAAGCAAAGAGAAAGAGCAAGAGUUCUGGGAGCGAUGUUGACCGAGAGAAGCGUACAGAGGAGGAUUCCAUUGCUGCAAAUGUGAUGGCUGCUGCGAAGGAGGGCAUGAGAAAUCUAGGAAAGGGGGUGAAUGAUGAAGAGAAGCAGAUGUUGAUCAAUAUGGGAGCAGCAGUUCUUGUUCUUCUGGCACUUGGGGCGUCUGCUUCCUACAGCUUAUGGUCCUCUGGAAAAACCAUGAACUAAGCCCGGCCAAUAUCUUUUUCUCAUUUGAUUACAGAUAUUGACCUCCACAGCACCUGAAAAAUUAGUACAAAGUUUCCUUCGAUAACAUGAAACAUUGUCCAUAAAAAAGAAUUUAGAAAUGCUUAACUAGAAAUUGGCCAUAGCACCUCCUAUCUCCAGGAGAAAUCUAUGUAAAUGGGGUUUCGUUUAUAUCCUUGGCUAGCA